AUUUUAGCAAGAAACCUAGUCGGCCGUUUAACCGUUCUUAACCAGCAAUCUCGCUGCGCCGUUUCUUCCCGCGGGCUGCAAAAAGCCGUUAGUAUCAAUUUUCUUUCUCACAUAGAUAUCUCAAUACUUGGGUAAGAAAUCUCGCACUUGAUCUACAAUGGUUUCUGGCAGAUGGAUAGAAACAGGAGCGGAUCUGUGGAAGGACAAGGCUAAUUCACUGCAGUUUCGGCUGCGGAACCGUUUCAGGGUCGCCGUCGAUCACCACCGACGCCGCCCGAAGCUCUCAGAAGGGUACUUCGUGUCCACCAUAGAGCGAUUAGUCAAGCGGUUCAGCGAUUUCCGUCAGGAUUCUCUGCCUUCGUCCACCAUUUUCUACCGCAAAAGAGUUAGCAAGGACAUUGAUCCAGAAGCAGAUUCAGUACUGGCACGCAUGCUUCAGGCUGUUGCUGUUCCUCUUCUUGGAAAUGUGUGCCAUGUAUUUAUGCAUGGACUUAAUCAAGUGCAGAUAUAUGGUGUAGAAAAACUACAUAAAGCUGUGCUCAACCGGCCAGGAGACAAGCCUUUAAUUACGGUCAGCAAUCAUGUUGCUUCUAUGGAUGAUCCACUAGUCAUUGCUGCAUUGCUUCCCCGAAGUGUUAUUUUCAAUGCACAAACUUUGAGAUGGACACUAUGUGCAACUGAUCGGUGUUUCCGAAAUCCAGCAACAUCGGCAUUCUUCAAAUCUGUUAAAGUCUUGCCAGUUUCCCGUGGUGAUGGAAUUUAUCAAAAGGGUAUGGACAUGGCUAUCUCAAAACUCAACUGUGGUGGAUGGGUUCACAUAUUCCCUGAAGGUAGUCGUUCUCGAGACGGUGGGAAAACCAUGGGCUCUGCAAAAAGAGGCAUUGGAAGGUUGGUCCUAGAUGCUGACCGUGUACCAAUAGUUGUCCCAUUUGUGCAUACUGGGAUGCAAGAGAUAAUGCCCAUAGGAGCCAAGUUUCCCAGGAUUGGAAAGUCGGUAUGCCUCUCUCUCUCUCUCUUUGCCCAUGUAUAUAGUAGCUUAAAUCUUGUAAAGAUAGUUAAGUACUACUCCAUCUGUCCUGAGGAAAGACGUUCAUAUGAGGAAGGUACAACUCCUCAUUUUUCUAGUCAACUAAAUCAAGGUACACGUUUUUAUAAACCAAAAACUUAUUUCCACUUACCAUUUCGAUUUCCAUGAAAUUUACUUUAUAAUGAAAUUUGACUUUACAAAUUGGAGUCUUUUGUGGGACAAAAGUUCUUAAAACAACACUUUAUUUUUUUGGAACAGGAGGGAGUAUAACUGGUUCACACUUCAUUUCAUCGACAUUGAAAAAUGUUUGUACUUUUUAGGGGUGGAAAAAUGGAAUAAAGAAUUGUUGGUGUAUGUAUCGUGUUUUGUUUGAUGGAAUUUUCCUUGUAAUUCUUAGUCUUGCAAACUUGAUAGGUGACUAUACUUGUUGGUGAUCCUAUUGUUUUUGAUGACCUUCUUGCUGCGGAGGGAAAUCACAACAUAUCAAGAGGAAAUCUCUAUGAUGCUGUUUCUGCUAGAAUUGGUGAUCGUUUACAGAAGCUAAAAACACAAGUUGACAGAUUAGCAGCUAAACAAUCACUUGAUCAAGAGAGUUGCUUAGUGGAAGCUGAUUUGGAGGAUAGAAUCGGUGGUGCAGAAGAUGAUAGAAACAAGGACUCGUAUUUUAGAAUGGGCUUCUCUGGUUAUUAUGGCGGUUUCAGAUCAAGAGUCAAGAAUUACAUGGAUUCAACUGACCUAACACUCUUCUCAGCUAGAGGUUUGUUUGUGAGGAAGCACGGUGCAAACACAAAGACCAUUCAAGAUAUUGGUCCACUGCGGCCAUGGCAUAACUUCUUGAGAUCCAACUGCGGAUUAAACUAUUCUGCCUAAAGAGGAUGUAGGCAUUGCUCAUUGCUUUAUUAGUAUAAAUAUAGAUAGAACGAUUUUUAUUUUGCUUUUUUUAUUUUGUUUUUUCCACGUUUCGGUUCGUUUACUAGUGAAAGUUAAUAGCUUCUAGUUAUCAUGUAGUACACGAUUGCAAACCGAAAUCCAAAUGAGAACUAUCCAUGGGAUAAUGGGACAGUUCGGGCUAAUCCAACUGAUCAAUCUAUUAUUAUUGAUCUCUUAAUUUCUACAGUUUCCAAUGAGGCUCUCCAA